UUCACAAACCAAGAUGGCCAGAACGAAGCAAACCGCCCGUAAAUCCACCGGAGGAAAGGCUCCCAGGAAGCAGCUCGCUACCAAAGCUGCUCGUAAGAGUGCCCCGGCCACUGGCGGUGUGAAGAAGCCUCACCGCUACAGGCCCGGUACCGUGGCUCUGAGGGAGAUCCGCCGUUACCAGAAAUCAACCGAGCUGCUCAUCCGCAAGCUUCCCUUCCAACGCCUGGUCCGUGAGAUCGCGCAGGACUUCAAGACCGACCUGCGCUUCCAGAGCUCUGCCGUUAUGGCUCUGCAAGAGGCCAGCGAGGCUUACCUGGUCGGUCUUUUCGAGGACACAAACCUGUGCGCCAUCCAUGCCAAGCGGGUCACCAUCAUGCCCAAAGACAUCCAGCUGGCUCGCCGCAUCCGCGGGGAGAGGGCUUAAGUUGAUAUGAGACCAGUUUAUGUACAACAACGGCUCUUUUAAGAGCCACACACACAUCGGAAGAGCUUAGUUCAUCUUUAAUGUCAUAAGCCCAAAUUUGGUUUACUCCUACUAAAAUAAAUUAUCAUGAAUGUAACAAUAACUAACGUGU